AAUUUGGUGGAACUAGACUAGAAGAUUUGUCUGAAGACCAAAAGUCUGUCUCCUGCCUAGACAAUGAAAUGGCCCAAAGGCUUGGCAAACUGGCAAUCGAAGUUGAAAAGUUUUAUAGAUCACCCAGAGACAUAGAAUGGGGUAUAAAACAAAAUAACAUAUAUCUUCUUCAAUCAAGACCUGUGACAAGCAGAAGUUUGUUGAACAGCUUUGAGUUGAAACACGAGUUUAAUACCAUUCUGAGAUGUGAGAGGGAUUAUUUCACUUUAGCAAAUGUUGGCGAAGUAAUGCCCGGUGCAACACCUCCUCUGGCUGCUGAGAUGUGCUCCAAACUAUUUGCAAAAGCAAUGCAGAAAUUUGCUUUUGACAGAGGGAUGACUGAAAUAUUUGCAAAGCGAAUAUAUUGUCCUCCGGAUAUAUUCUACAAUCAAAUCGUCAUGAGUAUACCAGAGAUCACUUGUCGCCACGGCCAUGAUACUACACUUUCAAAGGGUUUCUUAAUUAGUAUUUUUGGCCGGGUUUUGGAAGAGCCAGAAAUCUAUGAGAUCGCCAAGGAAAGAUUUCCAUAUUCCAUGAAGCCUCCCCUCUUUGUUCAGCUAUUAGUCUAUAAAGAAUUGUUGACAUACACCCGAGGAUUAGAAGUCACGAAAAAAAAUGUUGAAAACUACGAUCUUCCCUUCAUGAAAUACGAAACUGCAGAAGAAACUUUUAAUGCUCUGAUGAAAUCUUGUUCCGACUUCUUUGAACCAGCCAUUCGCCACUUGAUUUCUUCUGGGAAUUCUUCACACUGGAAUUCUAUUCUUUUCGCCCUUUUAGUCAAAGCAAAAGGAUGUAUUGACGCGGAUGUCUACAGUGAUUUUGGGAAAAUAUUGGCGACAACAGCAGACGUGGAAAGCGCCGAAGUACCAUCAUCUAUGCAGGAAGUUGCAAACCAAAUUGUGAAAGAUAUUGGUGUGACUAAGUUCAAAGACAUGACCUUAGAGGAGGCAGAGAAUUGGUUGAAUAAUUCAAAUACAAAGUCAAGUAAACUGUAUCAGAAUUUCAUUGCAAAACACGGCCACAGAUGUUUAAAAGAGUUUGCUAUAAGUUCUAUAACAUGGGAAGAAGAUCAAAAGGAUUUAAUCAAACUUAUAAAGGCUUCAGUUGGCAGCACAAAAGAGAUAAUCAAAAAGGCCGUUAAAAGUUACAGUGAAUUAUUCUCAGAGCUGAGCACUCCUUUAAGUUUUUGGUACAGACUAUUACUGAGGUUUGUCAUCCCAAAUUGUUGCAAAGGUGUUAGCUGCCGUGAAACCACCAAAUCUCUGAUCAUAAAGUGCAUGGACUACUGGAGGAAAGGAUUCCGGCGUCUUGCACAACAAAUGGUAUCAGAAGGACGAAUCCUGGACAAUGAUUUACUCUACUUUUUGACGCUUGACGAAAUUAAGUGUCUUCUGAAAACGAGAGAACCGAAGCAUAUUAUCAGGGCUAAACAGAGGAGGAAAAUAUUCCCCACCCUGCAAAAGUACACACUUCCAGAAAUCAUACGGGGUUACCCUAAACCAGAUGACGAAGAUUCAUCAGAGACACCAAACUACAUAGCAGACCUCAAUAUGCAAGGUGUACCCGUCAGUCAAGGUGUUGUGAAAGGAUACGCCAGAGUUGCCACAUCAUUACAAGAAGCGGCUUCUAUAAAACCAGGAGAAAUCUUAAUUGCUUUUAGUACAGACAUCGGUUGGAGUCCAUAUUUCCCGAUUAUUUCUGGAGUUGUGACAGAACUCGGUGGACUUAUAUCACACGGAGCUGUUGUGAGCCGGGAAUAUGGCCUGCCGUGUGUUGUCGGCGUACGAGGAGCCACAAAGCAGUUUAAAACAGGUGAUUAUAUUUUACUUGAUGGAAAGAAAGGUAUUUUACAGAGAUUGCCACAACCGAAUGGUUUAGAAGACAAAGAAGCAGGUGAAACCGUAAGCUGAAAUGAAAAAAUUCGUCUGAAACUGUUUUCUGAGAAAUUUCAUCUGACCUAAUUUUCAUAACAAAACUGAUCAAGUUUUUUUUUUAAAUUUCUUUUUCUAUUUAAAAAUAAAUGGUAGUCAGAAAUUUAUGCAUUUCUGUUUAAUUCUGUAUGAA